UUCACCUUCUGACUCAGCUCUCUCUUCACCACAACAGACCGGUACAAUGCCUGCAUCACUGCAGAUGCAGCACCGAUCCGCCUAUCGAUCUCACGCUCUAGUUUUCCCUCACUCGUGAACAAGACCCCGAGAUACUUAAACUCCUCCACUUGGGGCAGGACCUCAUCCCUGACCCGGAGAAGGCAUUCUGUCCUUUUCCGAAUCAAGACCAUGGUCUCAGAUUUAGAGACCAUUUCACUUAAAAAUGUAAAAAUUGGUUCUAGAGUGUAUUUUUUUUUAUCUGUAUAAAAUGAGACAUUUGGAACCCAUCCACUCCACUAGCAACUAAAACAUCCUAAUUAGAUGAUACUAAUGAACACCACAUUAAGGUGCAGUGUUCCAAAAUGACACCCAAGUUAUUUGCGAACACUUUUUUUCCUCAUAUUUAAUAAAGUAACGUUUCACAGCGCUGCCCUCAGACUCUUACCCCUGAUACUCAAAGCUAUCGUCUCUUUGAAGUCAUUUGAAGCAAAAUUAGGUUGUUAAAAAAUAAAAGAUAUACGGCCUGAGUUAAAACGCCAGAGGCCGUUUGAUUUGGCUGCCGUCUUUGUGAAAACUCGUUUCAUUGUGUACUGUUACGUAAAUGUGGCGACUAUUAAAUUAUAAUUAUCGCGUUUGGAAAUUUUGCCUAUGCUCUUAUUUACACGACAAGCAUGAUGAGUGGCUGCAGAUGAAAGUGAUAGGGAAUAAGAUUUUUGAUUAAGUACAUUUUUGUGGUGACUGAGAAUAAAGGCAGAGCUCUUGAAGGUUGGCUUGAUGCCAAAUUAACCUGAUCUCUCCUCAUGUUUUUGCUUUCUCUUCAAAUAUCUGAAUGAUGUGCUUCAUUUUCAUCUUUAUUCUAGACACUUAUUGGAGUUUCCCUUCUGGAAAAAGCACAAUAUACAAUCUAUAGGCCAGAUGUGUGGAGGAGGAAAAGCAAGAACAGGACUGAACAGGUAGAGCAGCACAGCUCUGACCUGCCUGGGGCUAACGAUUUAAUGAGAAGAAAAAAGAUGAGCCACAUGCUUCAUUUUCCUGAUCAGGCCUCUGCUUGGAAAACCCUACAAGUCACGUGUAGGUGGGCGUGUCCUACCUGUCAGUGUCACACCUGUCAGCCAGAGGCAUGUCACCAACUCUCACUGACGGGGUGAGUUGUUCUUUUGGUAACGGGGUGCCUAUGGCUGACGAUAGGAGCAGACGUGGGGCCACAUGUUCAGACUGGAACCAGAUUUUAUGUUAACAAACUUGUUGAAAUGUUUAACUUUACCUGGAGUCUGGACCAUGAGGAGAUGAGCGUGUCUCUUUGGGGGGUUUGGGACUAUUCUUGUGGCUUUUAGGUGUUUUUGGGCUCGAGACAAUGGCUCUGUCCCAGACUCGGUGCCUGGAUGAUAGCCACGUGAACCCCAGGACCAACGAGACCAAGCCGGAGUUCUUCUACUGCGAGGAACAGCGCCUCGCGCUCGAGGCGCUCCUUCAGGAUGGUCGCGAGGCUUUCCUCAAGUACCUUGAAGCUCGCGGUGUGCGGGGUUUCCUCUCCGACCUGGAGCUGGGGACUCUCACCGCCGCGGUGGAACCUUUUGACCCGGACUCGGGGCUUCUUCUAGCUAAUGCAGACGAGGAGGAGGCGCGGGUGUCAAUGCAGUACUGGCCGGAGCUGUCGGACACGUCCAUCCCGCAGAUGGACCUGGGCUGGCCCGAUAGUGACUCGUACCGCGGGGUUACCCGCACGUCGGUGUACACGCAGCCACCGCUGGAUGGUCAGGUGCACAUCAAAGAGGUGGUCAGAAAAACCAUUGCGCAGGCGCAAAAGGUAAUAGCAGUGGUGAUGGAUCUCUUCACUGAUGCCGACAUCUUCAGAGACCUACUGGAUGCAUGUUUCAAACGGAAAGUGUCUGUUUACAUCCUGCUUGAACGCACAAACCUACCUCAUUUCCUGUCCAUGUGUCAGAGGGCCAACAUGCAUGCUGGGCACCUCAAGCAUCUUCGGGUUCGCUGCACAGGAGGAGCAGAGUUUUACACUCGGAACUGUACCAAGGUCAGAGGUCAGAUGGGCCAUAGGUUCAUGUUCGUUGAUGGAGACAAGGCUGUGUCUGGCUCCUACAGUUUCACUUGGAUGUCCUCACGGUUGGAUAGUAAUCUCAUCACAGUGAUUACCGGCCAGACUGUAGAUGUUUUUGACAAACUGUUUCGCUUCCUUUAUUUGAGUUCCACUGCUGUUGACCUGCACCAAGUCGCCACAAAACCUGAACCUGAGCCAGAAUCCCGACCCCAAGUUGCUGCUGUAGCACCACCUUCUGCUGCUGUCGCUAGAAAGAUGUACAACCCCAAAUAUGCUCUGGUUGCCUUGAGCAACCCCAGCCCCACCACUUCGGAUUCCAAUGGUGGCCCAAAAGACCUUGAGGUUCCAGAGAAAUCCAAGAAGAAAGGUCAAAAGAAGUUGGCUGAGAGUCUUGUGCCAGAUGCUCCUCCCCUUCAUCCUGGACUAACUAAUCUAGAAAAAGCCAACUUAAUCCCUUACCUUCCCAUCUGGCCAGAACCUGACCCACCAAGUGAUGUAAUUGGGUUUAUUAACAUUCGGGAUGUCAGCAAACCAACACAAGUCCAUCUGCAGCGUUCAGAGAUGUUUGAAACCAGCCAAGCUAUCAAGUUUAGCAGUCCUUUCAGCAAACCCAAGGAAAUCUUACCAGAGGUUGCUACUCCAAGACAGCUAAUUGUUAAACGUGAGGAAACAAACAAACAACCACAAAAUGAAUCCAAAUCUAAGGAGUUAACGAUCAGUACUAAACCUCCUUGUGGAGACAAAAGUAAAGACAAAGCACCUGAACAAAAGUCACUUCAGUGUAAUCAAAUGUCUGUAUCUGAAAAGGAUGAGACUAAGGGUCUUGAAACUGAGAAUAAACUUUGUUCAAACACAACCAUUCUCACAAAUGAAGACCAUGAGGCAACUGACCCAAGUCCAGAUAUACUGGUCCAAUUAAGUCAUACAGUACCAUCAUCUCAUGAGAAGAACUCUUCAAAGGAUACUGAGACAACCUCUUCAACUAGUCUUUUGUCAAGUGUACAGCACAAUACACUUGACCAAAGUCCACGCACACCACUGCUAUCUGGCAACAAAGCUCCUUCAUCUAGUGAGGGCACAUCUUCUGACACAUUCAAAACUCUUUCGACAACCAGUGUUAAGUCUAUUGUAAGUCAAGAUUCUCCAGCUUUCUGUCCUGAUACGCCAUCUCCAUCUAGUAACAAAGCACUUUCUUCUGGUGAGAAGAAACCCUUCGACCAAGCUGAAAAUUCCUCUAAAACAAGUCUUAAGUCAAACGUAGGCUACAAUACACCUCACCUUAGUUCAGAUUCACCACCCCCAUCUAAUAACAAAACACCUUCACCUAAUGAGCAGAACAUUCUAGAUGAAGCUGGAACAGCAUCUACAACCAGUCUGAGAAAUAAGGUACAUCACGAUUUGCUAGAUCUCAAUCCAGAAACAGUGCCCCAACACAUCAACGAAACAUCUAAUGAAGAAAAACAUUCUAGCAAAACUGAAACUGCAUAUAGAACAAGUUUUAACUCAAAUGUAGGCCAUGACAAACCUGACACAUAUCAAGAUAUACCUCUUCAUUUGAGUCAGAUGGUACCUUCAUUUAAUGAGGAGAAACCUGACAAACUCAAAACUGCCUCCACAGCCAGUCUUGAGUCAGACAUAAGCCAUGAUGCACCUGACCUUAGUCCAGAUACUCUACCCCAAUUGAGUUGCACGGUAGUCUCAUCUAAUAAGAAACCUUCAAAAGUCACUGAAACUGCAAAUAUUUUUAUGUCAAAUGUAGACCAAAAUACACUCAAUGAAAGUCUAUAUACACCACUGCUAUCUAGCAACACAGCUCCUACAUAUAGUGAGGAGAUAUCUUCAGACACACUGAAAACUGCUUCCAUGACUAAUCUCAAGUCUGACUUAAGCCAUCAUGCGAUUUACCUGAAUUCAGACACACCACCCCUUUCUACCAAAGCACCUUCAUUUAAUGAAGAGAAACCUUCAGUGAAAGCUGAAAAUACCCCUACACUCAGUCCUGAUUCAAUCAUGGGCUAUGAUACUCCUCACCUUAGUCUACAUGCAUCUUCCAAGUCUGGUCAAAAAACAUCCUUAUUUAAUCAGGAGGAACUUUCAGACAAAGUUGAAACUGCCUCUGAAACUAGUCUUAAGUCAGAUGUAAACAACGAUACACCUGGCCUUUGUCCAGAUACACUACUCCAAUUGAGUUGCACAAUACCCUCAUUUAGUGAGAAACUUUCAGACAAACUCAAAUCUGUCUCCACAACCAGUCUUAAGUCAGACGUAAGCCAUGAUGCACCUGACCUUUGUUCAGAUAACCUUCUCCAUUUGAGUUGUAAGGUACCCUCAUCUAAUAAAAACCUUUCAAAAGACACUGAAACUGCUUGUGCAAAUAGUUUUAUGUCAAAUGUAGACCGUCUUACACUCAAUGAAAGGCCAUGUACAUCACUGCUUACUAGCAAUAAAGCUCCUUCGUGUAGUGAGAUGAAAUCUUCAGAUGCACUGAAAACUGCCUCCACUACCAAUCUCAAGCCUGACUUAAACUGUCAUGCACUUUGCCUGAGUUCAGAUAUACCACCCCCUUCUACCAAAGCACCCUCAUCUAAUGAAGAUAAACCAUCAGCCAAAGCAAAUAUGGGCUAUGAUUCACCUCACCUUAGUCUACAUACAUCCUCUCAGUCUGGCCAAAAAGCAUUCUUAUUCAAUCAGGAGAAACCAUCCAAAACCAGUCUUAAGUCAGAUGUGAACCAUGAUACACCUGGCCUGAGUUCAGAUACAACACCCCCGUCUAAUGAAGAGAAACCUUCAGACAAGCAUAAUACUGACUACAGAACUUAUUGUCUUCUCUCAAAUGAAGGCCAUGAUGCAUCCAAUUUUUGUCCAAGUAUGUCACUGCAAUCUAGCAGCAAAGACCUAUCAAUUGAUCAGGAGAAACCAUCAAAUGAAGUUAAAAUUGCCUCAUCAAUUGGUCCUAACUCCGACAGAGACAAUGAUACACAUCGAUUCAGUCCACAUACACCAUCCCAGUCUGGUCAAAAUGCACCCUUAAUUAAUCAGGAGAUACCUUCAGACAGAUUUAAAUCUGCCUCCACAACAAGUCUUAAGGCAUAUGCAAACCAUUGUACACCUAACCUAAGGUCAAGUACACCACCCCCCUCUAAUGAAGGGAAACAUUCAGGCAAGACUGAAACCACCUCCAGAACCAGUCUUAUUUCAAAUAAAGGCCAUGAGGCAUCCACCUUUUGUCCAGAUAUGCCACUGCAAUCUAGCAACAAAGCAUUUGAUCAAGGGAAAUCUUCAGAUAAAGGUAAAACUGCCUCCAUAACCAGUCUUGAGUCAGAGUUAACCACAGAAUCAAGGAUUGAUAAGGAAGCUGUGAAUAUCCAAAAUACAGAUAUUGACAAAACACACAUUCUGAUUGCUUUACCUAAACCCACCCAGCCAAAUGCUUUAGGCACACAAGAAGAGACUGUAGUGUCAAAGUCAGAUUCACACACAAAGGCUGUCAACGCACAACCUGAAGUCCCUUCUGAAGCGACUCAUAACCUCCAGACUCCCAAAGGACUUGGGCUUAAUUCCACUUCCUCUGCUUCCCCACCUCAGUUUCAAACAUCCACCUUGAUAUCCCAAAAUAACCCCAUUGCCAUUACUGCAGUGCACUCAAGCACAUCUAGUCCUUGUACCUCUCUUCCCUCCACUACAUCCCCCUCUUCUCUUCCUCCCUCUGUCUCAUGUUUUACGUCAACAAAUUCACUCACAUCCUCUGCAUCUGCUUCAUCUUCCCUUCCCCCGAUUCCUAAAUCUCACACUGUCCACUUGGUUUCAAAAGAUAUCAGCAUUAGCAAAAACCAGAUGGUGUCAGAGAUUAGCUCUGCCAGGAGGCCUGAGACUGAUGCAAAGGUUCAAAUGGUCUACAGUGUGUCUGCUUUAGCAAGUAUGGUGGAAUCUUCUUUUGUAAAAGAUCCGGAUAUUGCUUCAGGCAACAGUGCCAGUGAAGCGGGAGAUCACAUAGAUGCAGAGAACUCAGAAAGCCUGUCUGAUACUCCACAGCAAAUAUAUUAUAUUAGCUCCCAGGAAAAAAAGAGAGAUGAUGGACAACAUUAUGAUGGAGCUAAAGUGGGGCUGGUCAAGGAAACAAAACUACAAACAGAGUCCAAUGUAUUGAUUACUGGUGCACCAAAGACAGACAGUGUGAAUAUUAAUGAAAUUAUUUCUAGAAAUAUUGAUUCCAAGACUUUAGUGUCAACAGAUUCUGACACAAAUUCAGACGAUGAAACAACAGGGCAGACAGAGAAACCCCAGGCAAACUGUGAGCUCUCUAAAGUGACACAGUCCCAAACUUACCUUGCAAAAUCACACGAGCCUCAAAGAAUAUCAUUUAGUAAAUGUACAUCACAAGAUAUAAACGUGUUUGAGGCUAUGGACACGUCAAAAGUUCCAGUACUCCGUACAUCACAGAGCCCUUACCUACCCAUAGACAACAAUACUGACGGAACACACACCUCUGGUGCAAAUACACCCAAUCCACCAGGAAAACAAGCAAAAAUCACAUUAACACACUCCACAGAUGACAUGCUAAAUGUUCUUAAGCAUAAACCACACACUACCCUUCAAGAACAGACCCACCAAACACCAACAAGCACUCCAGAAAGACCUUUGCAUUUAAACCUCUCUCUUGCACAAGUGACAGACUUGAACUCACCAACAGCUAAAGAAAAAUCGCUUUCAUUUAUGGUUUUUGGAAGAAGUCCAACUCCUGAUGUGUUUCUUUCAAACUCGUCCACCCCAGAUUCACAAACAGCCUCUCCCAAUCCACAAUCAUACAUACCAGACUUUUGGACCCCUACAUCUGACCUUAGUGAUGGGUACAUUUCACCAAGAGAAGAUUCUACUUUUUCCAACACUUCUGAGGAGUAUUAUCAGUGUUAUGACAGUCCUGUGCAUGAGCCUGUUUUUGAACCAAGUGGUAACCAGAAGACUGAGCUGAAGGAGAAUUACAUCAGUCUUGCCAUGGGAAAUAUUCCGUCAUCUACCAUCGCAGACUCUGGUCGUGAAUAUCAGAAUUAUGGCCCUGAAGCUGCAACGUCAGGCACUUCAGACCAAAACUCCUCUUCUAGUGAAACUAGUAUUUUGUUGAGGACUUCUGGAGACUCCUCAUCAUCUUCUUUGUUUGGGAUAAUAAGCCAAAAACAUAAGCCAGACGACACAAACGAAGUAGAAAAUGAAAUAUGGAUCAAAAGAAGCUACACAGAUGAGAAGGAUCAGGAAUCCCAGUGGAAAAAGAGGACAAACCAUCAAGAAGCUAAUAAAAUGAUACCUUUACAACCUGAAGAUGACUUUGCAGAGAUGGCAACAAAAAUAAACUGUGUACAACACAGAAUCCUGAUCAAGUCAGCUGCUGAUAAUGUGGUUAACAGGGAUUUAGGGACAGCAGAAGCAUCCCUGGGUCUGGAAACACAAAAACUCCUCACUAGUGGCCUCAAACAACCACACGAGGUUUUAUCUCAGUGGAAAGGAUCAGAUAAAGUAUACUCUGGAAGUGAGAUGUCACCAAACCAACUCCUUUAUAAGGAAAUGAGAGACGGACAAUCUACAAGAGAGACCACAGGACAGAAGCUUCUUACCUCUUCCUCUAAACCUCAGUGGUUUCAGCUUCAGGAAAACGAACCUUCCGUGUCCUCCCGCCCCCUGAGGGCCCCUCGAUCCCUCUCAGCCUCCCAGGUCCCAGCUGCUCAUUCUUCAGGAAGCCAAACAGAAAGCAAAGUGUUCUAUAGUGGAUUUAAGGUUUUAAAUAAUGCAUCUCCUCACAGACCAGUAUCCCGAUCCCAUCUGAUGGUGAGUCCUGUUGGGCAAAAGCAGGUCUCCCACAACCUUCUCUCUCAGCAGCCUCCUGGAGCUCAGAUUAGAUCAAAAUCUGACCAGCUGCAAAGUCAGCAACCAAGGCCAUCCUAUCUCCAAACACACUCUAACCUGCAGCCUCCGGUCAGUCCUCCAACCCCGACUCAGGGAUUAGAACCAGCAGCUCCUGAACAGGAAGAAGGGAGGCUUCAAUUUAACUUACCUUUCAGCAGACUGUACAACUUUAAGGGUCUUAGGGACAAAUGGACCAAGCUGCCAGCACACACUAAGAGGAGCAGCACUGGCUCCACAGCAAAAGAACAUAAAAGCACAAACUAGGAGACCCAUCCAUCAUCCUGUCACCAGAUUCUGUUACUGGAACCUAUCUGAGGCGUCCAUACAGCACUUAAUCAAGUCUCAUUUCAGGAAACGUCCUAAAGCUUCAAUAUCCUUCAGAUUGUAAAUAUCUGGGACAACUGAACGCUCCUGUUAUUAACUCCUGCUCAACAAACCUGGAACUUCCUGUUACCAAAUUUCAGCUGUUUAGUAUCUCGUCAAAUCGUAUCUAUUUUAUUACCGAGGUGAAAUUUGCACAUUUUGAUGUUAGUCAGCUCAUUAGGAAAAAUAACUGUUCUGUACAAGAUUUAAUCAGAUUAGUCAUGCAGUUGUUUCUUCUGUACUGCGUUCUUUUGUGUAUUUACAUGUUUUAGAGUAUUUUCACACAUUCUAGAGGGGUUUGAUGAGAAUGAGUGUGUUUUACUCGUCUUUAUUUUACUGUAACAUCUAGAUUCAUCAAAUUGGACCUUUUUAGAGUUUUAAAUGGGGCUUUGGUGCAACUGUUUGUAUAUUAGUGGAUGCUACAGAUCAUUUAAAACUAAUGGACUUCCUGCACCACACUAGCGGUUCCUAUUAUGUCUUUAAAUAGCUAAAGUCCUGACAGCUUUACGGUUUCUUUUUCACGUUGAAUAAAAAAUAAUGGAGUUCAUUAUAAAAAAAACAUAGUGAGCACUGUUGUCUCUUAUCUGUUGGGCCUGUUUUGUAUUCAUGUAUUGUGUUUUGUUCAUUGAAAGGAACUCAAGCUAUUGAUUUAUUCUUUGUUUACACCAAAUCCCAUUUGCAUGAAAAUGCUUUUGGCCCAAAAGACAAUGUCACCAUGCCUUUACCCAAAGCGACACUCUGUGUAAGUUAUCUGUGGAAAUAAGCUCAACUGCAGACUUGUAGGGAAAAACAUAGACGUUCUUCAAUUCUUGGGUUGUAUGAACAAAACAUGACUAAUAAUCCGCUAAAGACGCUGUUAUUUAAACUGUCAAUUAUUGAAAAUGCCAUGCACAAGAUCUCGUAACAUCACGAGAUCUUUUAUGAUUAGCAGUCAAGAGUAUAGCAGGGGACUCUCAGCUUCUAUGUCAAACAGUAGCUCUAAAUAUUUUUUUCAACUUAAAGCUAGAGCUUUAACAUUGAUUUCAGUGAUUCUUGAGUUAGAAACUUGACCUGUUUCAUAUUUGACACCACUCUGCAGCCCUCUGCUGGCCACAUACUGCACUUAACAGUUUUGUGGAGUGGGUAAGUGCCCUAUAGGGGGAGCUGUUUACCUGCUUUAUGGCAGUUAGCUGUUAUGCUAGCAGUUUGCUUUUUCAGUUUGCCAAUCAUCAAUAAAAAGCAGAAGACAAAGAUGUUUACUUUUUUUGUUGGCAUCAUGGCAAAGCAUGGAAGAAAAAGUAAGAGUAAUGUCUUUGGAGGUGAGGCAAAGAGCUAAAACCAGAAUUAACAUCAGUGUGCCCAACGCUAGUUUGAGGAAGCUAAAGAAGGCUACGAAAUCGCGAACUGAUGGUGACCUGGCUUUGUUGCUACUGGAUGUAAGUAAUAUUUGUCCAACAAUGUGGAUCUUUUUACUUCGUGGUUUAUUUUAGUAUUAGUUGGCUCAUAUUGGUGUUAGCUCGUUAUUAGUGCUAGCUAAUGCAGAGUUGUUUACAACAACAAAAAAUCCACUUUCAACCAAUAGGGUAGAGGAGCAGGAAACUGCUCUGUGUUACUGUAAAAUGGACUGAGUUGGAGCCAUGUUUUUAGCACAAUCUUUAUUUCCCUUAGUAGUUUCAGUCCUGAAUAAACAUUUUUGUCCCAGGA